AUGAGUGAUGAGUUUGUGAAACCGAUUCAUGUUGCUUUUAUAGGUGGCCAAUACGCAUACAUUCCGUACAAUGAUGUGAUUGAAUCUCUUCAAGUUUCAUUACGGAGUGUAUCUACAGAGAAGCCAGCGACUGGGACGUAUAACAUUCGAUCUGCCCAGCUUCAAACCAUUUUUGACAAUUUUUACACAUCCACUCUUUCCUCUUAUUCUCCUCUAAUCCAGACGUACUUUGCUUAUCGAUUCAUCGCGUUGGGAACUGUCGAAGAGAAGAAAAUAGGGACGAUGGUACUAGCGAAAAACCUCGAUGAGUUUACCGUUGACUUCAUCAUUGACUUUGAGCGCAUUUUUGAUAAUGACAUAACGACGUGGGAGAUAUGCGAUGGGUUUGCGACGCGAGUUCUUGGUCCUUUAAUCAAGAAGAGCGAUGACUUUGCGAUGAAGAUCUCUGUGUGGAAAGACUCGGGGAAAGUGUGGCGGAUGCGCGCGUCGUGUGUUACGUUUGUGUCUUUAGCCAAGGUAGGAGCGAUGACUACUUUAUCCUUUGAGAUCUGUGCCGCCUGUGUCAAAAGUUCGGAACGAUUUGUCCAACUUGGUGUUGGCUGUUUACUUCGAGAAAUGUCGCUCACCUUUUCCCCACAAGUCGUUCAAUUUAUAACGGAAAAUUAUCGCUUUUUCAGUCGAGAAGGCUUGAGAUAUUCGAUCGAUAAACUUGACACCGUUACGCGAAAACAAAUCUUAGCAAUGGGGAAGAAAAGAAAUAAUAAAGAAACUAUACCCGUCGUCUCUCAAUCUCAACAAAGAAAAGAAACUAAACCAAAACCAUUAGAAAAACAAAACGUGGUCCAGGUCCAAAACGUACAACAAGUCCAACCAAUUCAAAUGAAUUAUGGGUACCCACAGCCAGUCUAUUUGGUCAAUUAUUACCCAAAAGAUGAUAACAUCUAUGAGGUCCAACAAAUCCCACAACAAAUCCAAGAGCAACAACACGUUCUCAUCCCGAACUCGUGUCAAAAGCCAAUAUCCUCCAGUUCCGUCCAAAACUCCUCUGUGUAG